AUGCCGAGCCGGAGAAAUGAUCAGGAAGAGGUUGUGGAUGGGGAGAUGAAGAUGACGAAGCUGGAGAGCUGCCACCUGUAGCCAUUCGGCUACCCUGCCAGGGUGGGGAGAUUUCACCCUGUCAAGGUCACCCUGGAAGACUACGCUGCAGGCUUGACCCAAUGGCAGGGUGGGUACCCUGCCAGGGUACUGAUCCCACACCCUGUACGUACCCUGCCACUCAGGGACCCUGGUAGGGUGCACACCCUGGGAAAUACCUGUGAAGACCGUGUCAGCCAAGCGGUACUGACGGGGCCGAAAAUUAGGAU